GGCCGCCCGGUAAUGAUUAACCCCGGGCUGAGCCCGCCGGUCCGGCCCCCCGGCGGCAAGGGGGACCCCGCGCCCCCCUGCUCCCCGGCGGCUCCCCCGGGACGGGGGGACACGGGACUGCGGUGCCCCCAUCCCUGGGACCGCUGUGUCCGUGUUCACGCCGUGCCCGGGAUGACGGCGGUGUCCUGCCGCAGAGACGGCUCUGACCUUGGGGUGCUGCGGGCGGUGCGGGACCCCGGCAAGGGGGCCCCCGCCGCCCGCCCCGCUCGGCGCUGCCCCGGGCGCUGCCGGGGUGGGGCCUCCCCACCUGCUCCAGGUGCUCUAUAAAGCCGCCGCCGCCGCCGAGCUGCCAGUUCCUGCCGCCCGGACCGCGGAGCUCGAGCCCCGGCACCAUGCGCCUCGCCACCCUCCUGCCGCUGCUGCUGGCGGCGCUGGGCCCAGGUACGCGGGCUGCGAUGUCCGAAACGGACGCAACCACCAUGGAAACCGACGUGACCACCACGGAGACGACCACGGAGACCACCACCUCCACCACCAUGGACACCACCACCACCUCUGUGACCACCACCACCACCACCACCUCUGUGACCACCACCGCAGACACCACCACCUCCAACGCCACAGAAGUCAACGGGACCCAAACCCCCGUCCCGAUCCGCAUGACAACAGUCCUGCUCACCAAGCGAUCGUACCCGUUCCUGACCCCCUCUCCUGACUCCCCCACGAGCAACACCACGACCGUGCAGUCCGCAAACGGCUCUGCCAGCGCCACCGCUCACGGCACUGCGCUGCCCGUCUCUGUCCGCCCUGCGACGCCCCACUCCAACACCACGGCGAACAGCAGCGGUGUGGGCCCCCCACCCAGCACCGACACCAUGGGGACGGGCAGCACCGUGGUACCCGGUUUGACCACCAUCACGGCUGGCAGCGGCAAGGUCCCCCCGCUGGUCGGCACCAGCGACGGCUCUGCCGUCCCCACCUCCAGCUCUAACGCCACCGCGGACAACGGCACUGAUGCGUCCCCCACAGGCAAAGUCUCUGUCACCGCUCAGGGCAGCGCGGCCCCCGGGAAGGCCACGACGUCCGUGCUGGCGGGCAGUGGCGUGCCCAACCCCAGCAAAGCCGCAGGCCUGCCGACCCUGGGGAUCCAGCUGCUCCUCCGCGUCCCUCUCUCCUUCCGCAUCCUCAACAGGAAUUUCAGCGAGAGCCUGCUCAACCCCACGUCGAAAGAAUACGUGAGCCUGAGCCAGAGCGUCCUGGCCAUGUUCAAAAGCGUCUUUGGCUGCGCCAAGUGCGCCAGCCGGCAGGCCUACCAGGGGUGCAGCGAGCUCCGGUUCAGCCACGGCUCCGUGGUGGUGCAGUCCGACCUCGUGUUUGAGCGUGGCAACGGCUCCGUCACCGUCAAUGCUGCCGAGAAACAGCUGAAGAACAGCUUGGACCCAAACGGCUUCAUCAUGGGUCUGCAGCUGGACAACAUCCGAAGCGCUGCAGAUGAGAACUCGCCGGCGCCGGCGUCUGCGGUGCCAGCCUGGGCCAUCGCUCUGCUGGUCCUGGUCUGCAUCCUCGUGCUGCUGAGCAUCCUCAUCUUCCUCCUGCUGACCACCUGCUCCUGCCGCCGGAAGAGCCACGGGAAGCUGGACCUGUUCAGCACGAAGGACUCCUACCACCCCAUGGCCGAGUACCCCACCUACCAGAGCCACGGGCGCUACGCGUCGCCCACCAGCAAGCACAACCCCUACAGCCAGGUCGCGGGCAGCAACGGCGCGGGGGCCGGCACCUUCAGCUACACCAACCCGGCCCCCGGCUCGGACAACCUCUGAGGGCUGCCCGGGAGCGAUGCCGGCCCCCAGCACGUCCCCCUCCGCCGCCGGCAGCGGCAGCCGGACGGUUCUGGAGCAGCCGGAUCCGAGCGCAUGACAGAACAGGAUGAACAAAAUCGCUGGGGCGGAGGGGUGGGAGGGUUCCCGGCCUGCUGCCCCGCUUGCCCAAGGCCACGCACGGCCGUUCCCCUGCCCUGCACCGUCGGCGUGGGCUCUGGGCUCGCGCAUCCCCCUCAUGCCUUCUCGGGGAUCCUAUGGUUGUUUUUGCGCUGGUGUUUUAUAUAAAUAUAAAUAUAUAUAUGGUUUGUAAGCGCUGGGCGCCACGGGGGCCGUGGCAAUGGUAUAUUUAUCGCAUUUCACAAUAAAAGGAUCGGUGCA